AUGGUCACAGCAUUAACGGGCAGUAAACUUAUCGCGCUUGCUUUGUGGAUUUUUGGAAGCAUAUAUUCGACUUGCAGCAUCCUGAUAUACAUUGAGUAUGGCCUUGCUUGGCCCUUCAACGGCGGUGAAUUUGUCUACAUAUCCAAACUCUUUCCGAGCCCGCCACUCCUGGUCGAAACAUCAUUUGCAUGGUUUUUCGUCUCAUUCUCUACAUCCGCAAACAAUGCUCUUAUGUUUGCCAGAUUUUGCAUCCUUCUGGCCAACAAGGAAAGUGAAUGGCUCAUGAAAUUCGUUGCAUGUGUCAUUACCAUUGCAAUAAGCCUACUGCACUACCGAUUACUCAGCAUUGGCAUAGCUGCCAACAACAUACUGGCAACGUACAAAGCCGGGUUGCUAUUAGUUUUUGUACUGGCAGGGCUUGUCGCAGUCUGCCAAGAAGGAGCUCAUCGUAAUCUUCGUGGAAGUAGCGAUUUCUCCUCCAUGUAUCCCGAUCCCUCAUCAUCAGAGAGAUCUAACUGGUGCUAUAAAGAGCCAGCGUCGCAAGAUUCCAAGGAGGGGCAAGUAUCAGGCGCCAAUGUGGCUCUCGCCGCACUCUUGGUUCUCUACAGCUACCAGGGAUGGGAAAAUUCAAACUAUGUGGCUUCGGAGAUAGAGGGCACACCUUCGCAACAAAGGAGAGUUCUCAAAAGAGGCGCUCUGUUAGCCGUAACAGUUGUAUCGUCACUGUACAUUUUGUUCAACUUCCUUCUAUUCUGGUUACUCAGCUUUGGAGAGAUUGUGGAGAGUUCGUCGACGACUGCAGCUGUCGCCUUUGCUGUCCGGGCGUUUCAUCAACGCGAAAGCCUUGCGAAAACAAGUAUAUACGUCUGCAUUGCACUCUCAUCUUGCGGAAACCUUAUAGGCGUCAUUUUCACCAAUGCAAGAGUCAAAAGAGACAUUGCUAUUCAGCGCAUUAUUCCAUUUCCUAUCAUGUUUGCGCGUAGCUCUACAUAUGGUCGCAACCGAGGGGACAUGCUUGGAACACCAACCGGCGGCCUUCUCCUUCAUGCAUUAGCGACAUGCAUAACCAUAGCUUCAGUUCCUGACUAUGGUGACGGAAUUCACGAAGGCAUAAUGUUCGUGAUCAACCUAUUCACAUACGGCCACGCAAUUCUUCAAAUCAUCCUCGGCAUCGGCCUCAUCUUCCUCAAAAAGCGCAUGGAAGACAACGAAACACAUCGCCACGAUCCAGCAAAUUCGAAAGGCCCGUACGAGGAGAAAUGGCCAUGGGAUUAUAACAUACUUGACAGAACCUGGAAGAGAUUAACAACAGGCGCGAUUUUCAUUCUGGUCAACGCAUUCGUCGUGGUCAUGCCGCUCGUCCCGACAACGAGCCUGUUGGACGGCUGCCCGCGCAGAAUCAAGAUCUUUUACCUUCCUAUUACCGUCAUUUCAAUCCUGGGAUUUAAGCAGACGAAAGGCCCCAUGGAAGGCGAUUUCGUCCCUCACAGUGCCCGCAGAGUGUGGUGGGAGGAAAUGAGUUGGAGGUUUCAGGGCAAGAACGAAAUCAUGACCAGGCUUCGGGCCAAUUAUGAGAAGGAUACUGCAAGAGAGCUACGAAUGCCCAGUAUAGACGAUAGAUCUUGA